UAGCCACCUGUUUAUAUGGAGGUGUUCCCUCAACCAGAGUGCUCACAGGUUCUCCUGGUCUGGCUCUGCAACUUCCUCACCAUGAACUUCUUCAGUGUGCUGUCCUGCCUCAGCAUCUUGCUGGCAGUGGGUGUCACCCAGCGUCCUAAACCCUGUGUCGUUCCAGAGCUGUUGAGUGGAGGCCUCACUGUGAUGACUGGCAAUGGACUCAUCACCUCAACAGGAUUAAUAACCUAUGAUGCUUUUGGACAGAGGAUGCGAGUUAAAAACUUUGGAGUUAGUGGCAAUGAGACCUUUGCUCUGGACCAGCUAAUGCUUUUUGGCGAGGGAAUCUAUUAUGAGACCAACUGGAAGACACUCUCUUGCAAGAAGAUGAAGCUGGAUACCUCCUUCAUUCCCAUGCAAGUACCCUCUGAUGCUAAACUGUUGGCUCAGGUGAUCAUGGGAUCCUCCUCCUCUUGGGGAAUGGGUGUGCUAACCAACACCUGGUAUGGAAGUCUUUCAGAAAAUGGCCUUUACACAACUGUCUUUACUGAGAUCGGUUGUAUACCUGUGUCCUUCACAAGCUAUACGCCACAAUCUGGGUGGAUCACUGUCAGCACCUUCAACUGGGUAAUUGGCAUGGCAAACCCUAUGGACUACUUACCCCCACCCUUCUGUGCCAACUCUAAACUGGAGGAAACGGAAACACCACAUAACUUCUUCACUGUCAUGGAGUCUCUGGCCAUGAAGACCAAGAGAGAAGAGUAAACAUCUUAAGCAUCUCAGCAAGAUUGGAUCAGCAGAUCCAAAUUUGACCCAAAUGAUCCAGUAAUUAUGAGAUUUAGACAUAUUUAACAUGACCAAAAGAAUUUUCACCAGCAAUGCACAGAGCUUACAGUCUUGGCUGAAAAUGUUGGCACCCUUGAAAUUUUUCUAGAAAAGGAAGUAUUUCUCCCAGAAAAUUAUGGCAAUUAGACAUUCUGUAGCAAAAUUAUAUAUUUUCUCCAUACACAACACACUUUCAAACAUAAAGAAUUAAUUAUAGAUUUGCACAAAAUGUGUAGUUUUGGGUAAGUUAGUAAAAUUAUAAAAGAAUGAGGCUGCCAUUUGCAUUGUUCUCCAUCAAACUUCUGGAGAAGUAAGGAUUAAUCUAAACUAAGACUAAAAAAACCAACAGGAAUACAAUUUUGCAUUAUAUCCUUUUAUUUUCCCCAAUAAAAGAAAUUCAAUCCAUUCUUUCUUGGACUUGUGGAGGUUUAAAUUGGUGAGUGCCUAAGAGCAGAAAUUAAAUGAUACACAAGGAUAAAACAGAACUGUCAAAAUGAAAUAGUUUUCUAUAAUGAAAACAUACUCUGUAUAGUUUAGGUGACAAACCUGUCAUGUUUCAACUUUUUACCUUUUUUUUUUCAAAAUAUACCCAGGAGAGCUGAUUUUAAAAUGAAUCAAGAUCUACAGAAGAGCUGCAGUUAUUUUUCUUCACAUUUUUUUCUCAUGCUCGCGUUUAACUCCUCAUUUAGGAAACUGUAGUACUAAUCAUCCUUCAGCAGAUGGAGGCAGCGUUCCUCUCUAGCUUAGCAGAUACUGCUUUCAUUUAUGCCUUUUCCUACUAGUAAAUGUUCAUUAAACCAUAUGGGCUGUGAUCAGUUACUUGAGUAAUAUAGGCGGUAAACCUCCAUUAGCUUCUUUAUUGUUUAUAUUUCAGUGUAAUUGCAUAUGCAUAUUAAGGGCCUUAUUUCUACAAUAUAUACUCAUAUUUGAAUACAAAUGAUUAAUUAUUGUUUUUUAAUUCUUCAACCAAUAUAAAAACAGAAGAAACCCAAUGGAUGGUGAAAGCUAUGAGAUGUAUCUAAGUGGUUUUUGACAAACUUCUUUUUCUGAGGUCAUUAUGUCACACAUUUGUUCAGGUGUGAUCCAGUAUCAUUGUAUAUGACACAUGUAAUGUAUUAUCAACCAUGCAGCUUUAUAUACACUACCAGUGUUUCACAGGAGAAGUUGUAUUUUUUGACAAGUACGGCACUAAACACUUUAAAUGUCCUUUUGUUAAGGUUAUCUCUGAUGCAUAAUAUAAUAUAUGACUGGUACCCAAGGUAAAUAGCUAAAGUGACACCAGCACAGCAUCCAGUGCUGAUGAGUUUGUAUCUCAUACAUAAAAAAUAAUGUAUCUUUUUAAAAGAUAUCUUUUGAUCUGCUUUUCUUGAAUGACUGUAUAACUCCUCUGUGUCCUCUUACAGUAAUACCUGUCUACACAGUGAACAUCAAUAAUAACAGAAUUUGUUUUUAUUAUUAGAGGCACAUCACACUUAUUUCACCUCAGAGAACUGUGAGUCACCGUCUAAUAAUCAACACCAGUGGCCACCUAACCCCAAUGUGAAAAAUUAGUCAUCUGUCCAUUGUGAUUUAAGAGUUGACAACCUGCUAUGGAAGCAUUAACAGUCUAAUGAUUCUCUAAGCAUGCUGGGACUUUGGCUUAGAAAUUUGCAGGAGGCUGAGUUUAAAGUCCCUGUUGUGAUGAUAAAAAAAAAAAAAAAAUACAUUGUUUUAUUUAUUUAUUUUGUCUAACAGAUUCAGUUGAGCCGAAAUGUUAAUGUAGGAGGUGCUGUAUGCAGAUUUGUUAAUUUUGUGCCUGACUGCCAGUCAGUGACAAAGUCACUGGAAAGUAGAGGCAAUUUCAAACCCUGUUGCCUUAAAACUCUCAGCAGUG